AUGAAUCUCUCAUCGAGGCAUGUACACGAGAUAGCACUUGGGUCAAAGAAACUGGGCCCGAUCUCAGUCUUAGCCCCUUUCUCAGCACUCAUUAUCUCCAUCACACUCGUUAUCUUUUUCUUGAUUCGCUACUAUGUAUUGGAAGGCUUUCUCAUCCGCCGCAUAUAUGGCAGCAUUUACACAGACAUGACCGAAUUGAACCGCCGAGGCUUCAUCAAUCACCACAUCGCAGGUGUCACAAAGCUCAUCAUCUUGAUCGUCGCCGCAUACCCAUUUGUCAGCGUCACAUUUGGUAGUGGGCGCUUCCAGACGCCUUUCGCCAAGGGAUCACCGGUCACACUGGGAGAUAUGCUGGUCGUUGUCGCCCAGAUGUUGAUCGGCAUGUAUAUUUUCGAGUUGAUCUACCGCGCCAAGCUGUCACCAGUGGCGGUCCUGCAUCACAUGGGCACGAUCCUGAUUGGCCAGGCGGCUAUCGCGAUCAGUCUGAGGUCUUUACGCGAGCAGGAUGCUUACAUUGAGUUCAUCCUGUGCACCGUCUGGGGCGCUUUCGAUAUCAUCUCCGAGUUCUUUCCACAUGUCGCCAUCAUCCUGUAUCGUGUUUUCCCCGAUCGCCAUCGAUUCCUCAGUCGCGUGUUCCUUUUAUCUUGCUUCACAACAGCAACGGGAACGCUCUGUGAGACUAUUGUGACAAUGUGGCUGUUUGGUAGUUUGUGGAGUCAAUGGCGCUUGGCUUUCAAAGUGGUGACUCCACUUUUGCAUAUUGCGUUUUCCGCAGCGCAGGUACAUGGAAGUAUUGUUUUCUGGAGGAUGCAUCGUCGCCAACAACGAUAUUUACAAGAAGAGGGGGAUGUUGAGGCCAGCUGCGCAAACAAAGAUGACGCAAAGCAUUGUGACCAUCAAAGUGAGGAAAUCACAACC